ACCCUGUAUAAAACAGCCGAGGCAUACAGAGGAGCUUUGAACAGAGUGGAAGUCGCCUCACAAGCAGUAUUUCCAGCCUUAAACAGCGAUUCACUGCUGGGAUGUCUCUGGUUGUCUUUCUAUGCCUGCUGGCUUGUGUUCACUCUGGCAUUCAAGCAUAUCCACGCAAGCCUGUCAGUCCCAAAGAAGGAGCACCACCUGAGGAGCUGGCUAAAUACUACAGUGCACUCAGACACUACAUCAACCUCAUCACAAGGCAGAGAUACGGGAAAAGAGACAGUCCAGACACAUUGUUUUCUGAUUUUUUUGUAAAGGAGAGCACAGAGAGUAUCCCUGGAUCCAAUUAUGGCAGGUCUGAUGAAUUGUCCAUCUGGUGAUGUUGAUGAUGAUGCUGAUGAUGCUGGAGUUGCCUUAACUUUUAUUUUGUGGCUAAUACAUGGACCUAUGUUGCAUGUGAUAUAUACUAUAUGUUGUGUUAUUUAGUUACAAUGUAUUGUAUAUGUCUAUCAACGUCUUCUGCCUAUAUGGUGUCCCUUACUAAACAGUGCUCUCUAGCGGUGAACACCGGUACAAACUUAUUUUGGUAUCGUGUGACUUGUGAUGAUUGGGACAAGAGAAAAUAUUACCGAUAUUUUGAGGAAGAAUAAGUGCGUUUAUUUUAUAUUGCUAUUAUUUUCUAAAAAUCUGUCAAUAUGUUUAAUAACUGUCUCUGUGUACUUUUUUAUUGUCAUAACAUGUCCAAGUGUAUAAUUGGUUGAUUUUUAGUGUCUUUGUCAAGGAGUUUCCUGUUUAAAUAAAAGUGAAAUUGUAAAAA